AACGAUGUGAAAGUCUCCGGAAUACAGUGAGGCUCUUGGUAAUGCAGAGUCUGAGUUAAAGUGUCUCAGUAAGACGGAAUGUCUCGGUACAAGGUACAGGGUAUCCGUAACGUCUUCCUGCGCUGUUACCGUUGCAGAAAUCUCAAAGGUCUGAGCUGCUCCCGUUUCUGUGCCGGUGCUGUGGCUCGCCAAACCGGUUCUGGUCCUGGAGAUGCUCUGAUCUGGAUUGUGGAUAUGUUACCCGGGAUCUCCCAGGGAGAGGGGACGGGGGCGGAGAUCUUGAGGGAGGGACACCGCAGCGCCUGACGCUCCCGAGUUCAGAUUGCAGAUUCCUCUUGUGUUGGAAACUUGGAGCGACAAUCGCGGCAGCCGGCUGCAGACGCGCUCCCCGCCAGAUCAAAUAUCUUAUCUAACAGCCAGGCUCCAGCCCUGCAGGACCAGGAUGUGGAUUCGGAGCUCUCUGUGCCUUCUGUUUGCUGCUGCCUGUGUGCUGCCUACAUCCACUCCAGACUCGGGCAGCACGACUUCCGCAGCAACUACUGCCUCCAGGUUGGCCGAGAGCAGCACAUCGGGAGCUGGAGUCACAGCGCCCCCUACAGGGACACAAGCGAAUGUAACCUCUGCAGCUGGGGAUCCACAUUUAACACAAACCCCGGGAGGAACUUCUGCAGUCUCCACACAGACAACACCGGGCUCAGGGGCCCCAGCACAAACCACAGCCUCAGCCGUGACUACCCACCCCCAGGCCACGCCAGGCAGGACGAGCUCAGACAGCCCCACAGGUUCACGGGAACAGGGGAUCCCGUCGACCACAUCUUCCGUUUCAGUGGCGUCUACAGCGGCCUUAACAACGCUCCCUGGGGCAGCUCAGACCACACCUUCGACAGCCACUGCAAACACAACUGGAGCUACAGCGCCCCCUGGUGGCACCACUGGGGCCGCCACCGCGACGGGGAUUCCUGCUCCCGCCGUCCGCCAGCUGAGCUUCAGCCUGGACCAAACUUUCAUCCCUCAGCUCUCCGACAACACCUCCCCGGAGUUUCAGGGCUUAGCCAGGAACAUCAGCGCUGAGCUGAACAAGGUCUACUCUGCAAAGUUCAAUGAAAUCUUCCUCGGGUCUGUAGUGAGACAUCUCAGGAAUGGCUCCAUUGUGGCAGAUGUCGAGCUGCAGUUCAGAAGUCAGGCGUCGGCCCCAAGUCCGCAGGAGGUCAAGGUCACUCUUCAAGGCGCGGUUCAGAGCGGCUCUUUUCCUCUGCCUGUGAAUACCUCCACCAUCCAAGCCCAGGAAGCGUUGACACCUGGCGUGACAUCCAUCCCAUCUACAACAACUGGAGCUCAUCACAUCACUACGGCAACCCCAUCAGCAAAUGCCACAUCAGGACCAGUGGCUGUGACCACAGCUGAGCUGAGCACUAACAUAACUACCAUAACUGCAGCACCUAAAGCGACCACAUUAUAUCUUAAUACAACACUACCAAAUGCAGAUACAUUAACAUCUUCCCCAAAUACAACUGUUAUCAACAUGACUACAGUCACAUCUUCCCCAAAUACAGCUGUUACCAACACAACUACAGUAACAAAUCACCCAAAUACAUCUGUUAUUAACAUGACUACACUAACAACAUUGCCAAAUAUGACAGAAUUUAACAUGACUACAGUAACAACAUACCCGAAUACAACUAAUUCUAACACGACUACAAUAACAACAUUCCCGAAUGUGACAGAAUUUAACAUGACUACAGUAACAACAUUCCCGAAUGUGACAGAAUUUAACAUGACCACAGUAACAACAUUCCCGAAUACAACUAAAUUUAACACUACAGUAACAACACUCCCAAAUGUGACGGUAACAACAUUCCCAAAUACAACUAAUUUUAACACAACUACAGUAACAACAUUCUCGAAUACAACUAAUUUUAACACGACCACAGUAACAACAUUCCCGAAUGUGACAGAAUUUAACAUGACCACAGUAACAAUAUUCCCAAAUACAACUAAAUUUAACACUACAGUAACAACAUUCCCAAAUGUGACGGUAACAACAUUCCCAAAUACAACUAAUUUUAACACAACUACAGUAACAACAUUCCCGAAUGUGACUGAAUUUAACAUGACCACAGUAACAGCAUUCCCGAACACAACUAAUUUUAACACGACUACAGUAACAACAUUCCCGAAUGUGACAGAAUUUAACAUGACCACAGUAACAACAUUCCCAAAUACAACUAAAUUUAACACUACAGUAACAACAUUCCCAAAUACAACUAAUUUUAACACAACUACAGUAACAACAUUCUCGAAUACAACUAAGUUUAACACAACUACAGUAACAACAUUCACAAAUGUGACAGUAACAACAUUCCCAAAUACAACUAAGUUUAACACAACUACAGUAACAACAUUCCCAAAUGUGACAGAAUUUAACAUGACUACAGUAACAACAUUCCCGAAUAAAUUUAACAUGACUACAGUAACAACAUUCCCAAAUACUACAAUCAAUGCCACCCAGACAACAGUGCAAACCAUCACUCCAGGUGAGACAGUCUCAGUCUUUUCUCUCAUUUUCCUAACAGAUGUGAAAAUGCAUAUUCAUCUGGUCGCUUGGCCAGUCCUCUCCUUCUUGGCUUGACGUGCUAAUUCUCAGCUGCUCUGGCCCACUCCAGCGAUCAAUGGCACGUCUGUCACCACAACCUCUUCAACAACGAGCCCGGAUCCCACCUCUGUUCC